AGGCAUCACAGGCCCUGUCCUCUUAAGGGCCGCACGACUGCACACAGACGCAUACUCACGCACACACGGAGGCUCAGCCGGGGCAAGGUUAAGUUUCUGAUUUGUUAUCUCCGUGAGCGCCUUGGCCUCCUGCGGUGCAUUGAUAAGGAAGCAGCGAUGCGGUGCCGGUGCUUCCUGCUGGCGGCCUUGGCUGCGUGCGUGGCCCCGCUCACAGGCUACAGCAACGGCAAAGUGUACCCGGCCUGCGGAGACAUGGUGCCGCAGCACGGCUACGAGCCCAGCCCGCGGCCUCCUCCUUACAUCAUCACCGUGGACAAGCCCACCUUCAGGCCCGGAGACAACAUCACGGUAUCUUUGCAAGUGGCCUCGUCCACCUCCACGUUCUUCAAGGGGUUUCUGAUGGAAGCCCGGGACGCGGGUAGAUUAGACUUCCCAGCUGGGGGAGUGUUCCACCCCACUGACCCUCAUCUCUCCCAGGCGCUGCAGUGCGCCCAGCCUCAGGGAUCUGGGCUGAGCCACACCAGUAGCGCGAAGAAGACUCACAUCCAAGCUGUGUGGCAGUCGCCGGAGAGCCCUCCACAACGGGUCCAGUUCCUUGCGACGGUGGUGCAUAAGUAUAAGGAGUACUGGGUGAGGAUGGCUGGCCCUGUGGUGGCCCUGAGUGGCCCAGCCCCCAGCCCCUCUGCCCCGCCCACGCCGUUUAGCUCAGCGGGGUGCGGCCACAGCAGGUCCUGCCUCAGGGACCCAGUGGGCUGUGAGCCGGAGUCAGACCCACGCUGCUUCUUUCUGUCCUUCGCCGCGGAUGAAGCAGGGCAGAGUGUGAUGUUUGAGCUCAGCGGACCCGCCGAAGGCUACGUGUCCUUCGCCCUGUCGCUGGACAAAUGGAUGGGGAAUGACGACGUCUACCUGUGUGUGAACGAUGGCGACAGAGUUACCAUCAGCGCCGCUUAUGUCACUGGAAGAAAACACCCUGAAGUGGCAAAAGAGGAUGCUCUGUGGGGUAAGGCUUGGAGGCUGGCUGAUGGGGUCAUCCAGUGUCGUUUCCAUAGAAACACCAUCCUACCCAAUCGCUUCGGCUUGAACCAGAGCUACUUCCUGUUUCUGGCUCACGGCAAAUCUGACCAAGGUUUAAUCCACAGACACCACCGACAGCCUCUCAUCUCCACCGGUCGGACUGUGAUCACCGGACACGCAGAGGAUCUGAGUGGAUCCCGUUCACCCGCUCUGAUCAAGUUCCACGGUGUGCUGAUGCUCACUGCCUGGAUGUGGAUGGUGAGCGCAGCCGUCUUCAUCGCUCGCCACUACAAAGACUCGUGGCCUGAGGCGACGCUGCUGGGACACAGGCCCUGGUUUCAGGUGCAUCGGACCGUGAUGGUGUUGGCUGUGCUCCUAACUGCUGCAGCCUCCGCUCUGCCUUUCAUAUACAGGAGGGGCUGGAGUAAACGUGCGGGCUCUCACCCCUACAUAGGCUGCGCUGUAAUGGCUCUGUGCGUCAUCCAGCCAAUCAUGGCGAGCCUCCGACCAGCCCCCGAGUCCCCCAGGAGGAUCGUCUUCAACUGGCUGCACUUUGGGGCCGGCACUGCUGCUCAGAUCCUCGCUGUGGUGUGCUUGUUCCUGGGUGCUGCUCAGCAGGCCUUGCUGCUGCCCAGCCCCUGGUCUCCCGUGGUUCUGGCUGCCUGGCUCUUGUGGAUCGUGCUGUCGGACAUGCUGCUGCUCAUCCACUCCUGCACGCUCAGAAGUAGAGUACCUAGACUAAACCUCACCUCCACAGGAAACGAUAGUGAAGACAAAGAGCAGAUUCUGUCUGCGCAGCCAGAGAGGCAGCAGCACCGAGGGAUCUCACGUGUCAAGAAGACGGUGCUGGUGAUGUUUAUAGUGGGAAAUACAGCGUUCCUGGCUGCAUUUAUAAAAGCCAUCGAAGGCCUAUAAUUAUUAAAUAUUUUAAAUUCUUGGUAUUCAAGCAUGAUGCUACUUUUAAUGCAUAUGGCUUAUGUAUUAUCUAUAUCUUUCUAUAAUGUAGCUAUGUUAUAUGUAUAAUUCAGAAAGUGAAGAAUUAAAAAGAAAGUAGCACUUUGUGA